AUUAUACAACCUAUAAAUGCAAUAAGACAGUUGAGAAAAUAGCCUCUAAAUUUAAAGCAAUUCACAUAGAAAACUUGCCUAUAUAAACAUGGCAUCUUAGUCUUUCAUUUCACAUCAUAUAAAUUAAGGAGAAAAAAUGGCUAGUACCCAGGGAAAGCUUGAAGUAGAUGUUGAAGUUAAGAGUAAUCCAGAUAAGUUCUGGAGUAGCAUUAGGGAAUCUGAUAAGGUAUUUCCUAAAGCUUUCCCUGAGCUUUACAAGAGCAUUGAUAUCCUUGAAGGUGAUGGUAAAGCAGUUGGCUCGGUUCGUCUCGUUAACUUUGCUGAAGGUUUCCCCUUUGUUACAAAAUCCAAGGAGAAAGUAGAAGCCGUGGACGAAGAGAACAAAACGGUGUCGUACUCGGUGUUGGAAGGAGAAGUUCUUAACUUCUACAAGAGUUUUAAGGCACAUCUCACAAUAAAACCAAAGGAAGAAGGAAGUUUGGUAAAGUGGUCUUGUGAGUUUGAGAAGUCGACAGAGAAUGCUCCUGAUCCUGAAACUGUUUUUAAGGAUUUUGCUGUUAAAACUUUCCAUGAUCUUGAUGCCUAUCUACUUAAGGCUUAAUUGAUUAUUAUCCCUUAAUCAUACUUUAAAAUUUAUCUAAGUUUAAAACUAUAUAUCCAAUAAUUAUGUUUGUUUAAGAUAUUUAUGUAAUGAGUACUUCAUGUUAAUGAUUAUAUUAUUAUGGAGGAUUAAUUAUCAAUCUUACUAUAUGGGUUGUAAAGGAAUUAAAUGAUCUGAUUAUAAUGUACUGUUAAUUUUAUAAGUACAAGACUAGAUUUAUUAUUUAUUA